GGUCAUUCUUUUAUACCUCCCACACCUCUCCCUGUACCAAAGAAAGUCUUGAGGAUAGCAAUGUCUACACCAUCAUUGCAGUCGUCCCUACGCUCUAAAGAGGCUGGAAAUGAACACUACAAGAACAAGCGUUACCAAGAAGCUUUAUCCUGCUACUCAGAGGCUGUCAAGUCCUGCCCUGAGGAAUCCAAAGACGAUCGAGUGGUUUUUUUGAAGAACAGAUCAGCCUGCUAUAUUCAGCUAGAUCAAUAUGAAAAUGCCCUCAAAGAUACUACGUUGGUGCUCGAACAACUGCCCGCUGACGUGAAGACUCUGUACAGGCAUGCACAGGCACUAGAAUCACUAGAAAGGCUGCCAGAAGCAUUUAAGUUCAUUAACACACUGAUUCGCAUUAAUCCAAAGAACAAGGAGGCCGAGAAUGCUGCUAGGAGACUGACUGCAACGAUAAAGAAGCAAGCUGAGGCAAGACAAUCAACAGACUAUGUAGUCAAAGAGAUGUAUUCUGUGCUGGAGGACAAGAAAUCUACGGACGAGAAGAAAAUCAAAGCAGCCAAAAAUCUAGCCAUUGUGAGCCGUGAAAAUGCAGGAGCGGAAGAGAUCAUAAAAUUUGAUGGCAUUACUAAAAUAGUUUCUCUGUUGAAAACAACCACUUCGGAGGUGGUUCAUCACUUGUUGCAAACUCUUGUCGGAUUGUGCUCCAACGAGGUUCGAUCGUCAAUUGUUUUAGAAACUCUGUCAUUUGAACUGUUGACUUCGAUCGUUUGCCGACCUGAGAAGGAGGUGUGUGGGAGUGGUGUGGCCGUGCUAAAGCAAGCUCUCCUUUCAUUUACUAAUGUCGAGGCUCCUCUGGUGAAAGAUGUGGUGGAUGUAGCCAUCCGUCUGCUGGGACGACAGGAAGUGAGUGCAGAUGGCAGGGAUCGUGUUCUUGAGCUCAUCAUCUCCUCUGUCUCUCAAAAUGGUCUUGGAGCUGUGUUCCUCACAGAAGGAGUGGUUCCUGCUCUCCUGAUGUUGGCAGCCUCCACAGCAAACAAUCAGUCGGACUUUGAAAUCAGCGAUGACCUUCGAAUGACGAUCUCUGUCGCCCUGUCGAAAUUGCAUGAGAGCCUCGGUCGGAACAAAGAACUAAUGGACUUAAUGAAAGAUACUUGCAUUUCUUUUGUGCAUUCUCACCUCUCAAAGGACAGCUCACAGUCGAAGGUGGAAGGAUUGACAGCUUUGGCCACUCUCCUACAGGGUGCUUUAGAAGUUGGCAACCAAGUGUUUUCAGAGGAAUCUGUUUUGGCAGAGAUGGUGAAAAUGGCGAAAUUAGACGAUGUCCACUGUCAAGCAAUAGCUGCGGAGGCCCUAGCUCUGGCUGCUUCAGAUAAGGAUAGGUGUCAUGGGAUAAUGCAAGAGGGGUUACCCGUACUCAAAGCGCUCUACUCUUCUCGUGAUGAAGGUGUUCGUGUAAGGGCACUCGUGGGCCUGUGCAAGCUCGGCUCUGUUGGUGGGAGCAACGUCAAUGCCCGCACCUUGACUGAAGGAUCUACUGUGAAACUCGAGAAGGCCUGUCGCAAAUUUCUGAUACGAUCAAAGAAGGGAGACAAUCUCAAGAAAUGGGCCACUGAAGGAUUAGCGUUUCUCAGCCUGGAUGCAGACGUAAAGGAGGCACUAGUCGGAGACGAAGACGCUCUGAAAUCUCUAUUCCAAAUUCCGAAAACUCAAGACCAGUCUCUGUUGUAUGGGAUCGCCACGAUAUUUGUCAACAUGACCAACAGUUACGAUAAACCAGAAAAGAACAAAGAUCUGGAGGAACUAGGAAAGUUUGCCGGAGAGAACAUGCCGAAAGAACAUGAAUUCGAUAGUGAGGAGCAUUUAAAGAAAAGAGUUGCCUCUCUCCUAGGACUUGGAAUCGUGCCUGCUCUUGUUUCUCUGAGUACUGUCGAUAGUAAAGCCUUACACGAACAAGUUUCUCGAGUGCUGCUAUCCCUUACGGAAAAUCCUGCCCACCGUGGAGUUGUCAUUCAGCAGGGUGGGGCCAAGUGUCUGGUUCCUCUAGCAACCAACAGCACAGACAAAGGCAAAUUCAUUGCUGCUCAAGCUCUGGCCAAGAUCGGUAUCACCAACGACCCUCGACUCGCAUUUCCGGGUCAAAGAUCGUUAGAAAUCGUGCGUCCCCUCGUGGGCCUAUUGAAAUCUGAUCAAGGUCUUCAACAAUUUGAAGCUCUUAUGGCACUUACAAACUUGGCCGGUCUCGGUGACGAUAUCAGGCGACGAAUCUACAAAGAGGGGGGAUUCCAACACAUUGAAUCUCUAAUGUUUGAAGAGCAUGAAAUGUUGCGACGAGCGGCUACUGAAGCCAUGUGCAAUUUGGUCUCACUGCAAGAAGCUCACGAUCGCUUUCUCAACGAUGAUGUGGAGAGGGUGAAGCUACUGACCCUGUUCUCUGGAGAAGAUGAUCCUGAACUGGCUAAAGCGGCCUCUGGUGCUCUGGCCCAACUGUCUCAGGAUCCAAAGAUCUGCACCAAAAUAAUGGCCGUCAAAUCAGCGAAAGCUAUCUUGAAAGAGCUGAUAGUGAGCGACAAUCAAGAGGUACAGCACAGGGGAAUAUUCGUUCUCUCGAAUCUGAUUGAUGCAAGCAAGGAGAUAGCGCAGGAGCUGGUACAAGAUGACUUCCUGGAGAUAAUCAUGGCGCUCACUCAGACUAAAGGUACAUCUGAAAAUGUCAAGUCAACAGCACUCAGUGCACUGCAGAAAGCACAAGAAUAUGGACUGAUCAAGCCCAACCCAGAACUAGUGAAAUGACAGUAUAAUUAUUGAACAAUUGUUUGGCAAAAUUAAUUUGUAUUGAUGUUGUAGUUGAAAAAAAUGUUUUUUUCAUUUAA